UUGCGAAAGUACUUCCUGGGUGAAACCGCCCAGCUUAGGAAGUAGCGCGGAAGCCAGGUCAACCCUGAUUUGUCGUGUUCAAGUUGUGUCGUAUUUUUGAAAACUUCAGCGAUAUGGGGACAUGAAAAACUGUUUUCAUGUAAAGGGGAUGGAGAAAGUAUUUUGUAAACAGAAAUUAUGGUCUACGAAAAAGAAACCAAGAAAUUCAAAAUUUUCUGACUGUUAACAAUGCAGGACAGAACCCUGACUGACCACUAUACACCACUGGCAACGCAGCAGACACAGAUGACUGAGCAGGGUGAGGCCAGCACUGGCCAGAGCAAAGCACCAAACCGCCUGAGGGAGAAAUUCAACUCUAUGGUUAAAGACUUCAUUCCCCUGGGAGUCCCUCGGCAUGUGAGCCUGGAUCACAAAGACUCCACCACCCACAGACCAGAGAGACAGGGGAUCAGCCCGGCUUGUAGAAACUCAGCCUCUCAGCCCAAACAAGCACUGUUCCUUACAAGCCUUGAAGUAAACCUGAACAAAGUGAAAGUUUCCAGUGCUACUGACUUCAUCAAAAUCUCUGGGAGCAGCCAAGGUGCUGUCUUCAGCCCUUGCAUCUCGGGAAGUGGCUCUUCAGAUCACAGGAAACUGCAGUGUCCUUCUGAAAACUCUCCAGUGUGCAGUUCUUUGCUGACACUUCAGUCCUUAGGGAAGAGGAAAGUAGACUCAGCAGGGGUGGACAAAAGGAGCUGGAAACGGUCCUGUUCUACUCAUGUGGCUACAAGUGCUAAGUCUGCCAAAGAUAGGUUCCUGAGGAAGCAGGAGAUCUCUAUCUGUAGAACUCCAGGGGCAUCAGGGACACAGGACAGGAGUGCUACAGUGUCCCUCCAUGCCAAGACUGCAAGACAGCUGUUCAGUGAGCGAACCCAGGACCAGAACUGUGACUCUAAGGAGAAUAAUGGUGGCCUCUCUAAGCCUCACAUACAGCCUAUCAAAUCCUCACCAACCCAGUUAUUCAGACCAGCUGAGUCCCAGGCAACCAAGCAUCUCCAUACACAACCAGCUAAAUGCCAUGAAGCAGUUGGACUGAAGAGUACUCAGCCUUGUAGCUUGGCAGAAGGACCCAAAGACAGGCCUCCCCCUACCUGUGCAGUUGAUAGCACUUCUGGGCCAGCAGUGGCCCCAUCUCUUUCCAGUACAGAGGCUGUAAUCGACUGCCAGGAGCUGCAGCUGGACUUCGGCCUGGGGACUGUUGAUUGCAAGGUCAAUAGUAGAAAGAGGAGGAGGAGCAGCAGCAGCAGCACCAGCAGCAGCGAGGAUGAGCCUCUCCUCUCCCUGCAGGAAAUGCUAAACCACAGCACCUGCCACCCCAGCACACCCCAGAAGGAUGCUUUUUCAGAACCUUGUACCCCUCUACCCAAAGUCCCGCUACCAGCAUUCAGAGAUGGUCGGCCUAUAAAUUACAGAAACACUCUGGAACAGAUGCUGAAGGAAAAAGCUCGCAACCAGAAGCUAAAAGAUGUGGAAAAGAAGCUGUUGUACUCCAAGGAAGACCUGUUGAAGUUAGAUGAGGAUGAUGAGGGUGAGGGGAGUGGUGAAGAGGGAAUAUCUCCAGAGCACAGGGACAUCCUGCAGAGGUUCUCUGUGGUAUCCAGUGCCAUCCCAGACCUACACCCAGGAGAAGAUGUCUUUAACCUGGACAACUUUGGCCGCCUCUUUAGUCAACACACCUUGGAGCUCAAAAGAUGUGCUGUAACGCCACAGAACUUGGCCCAGAAAACCCUUCUACAAGCCAGUUCAGAGCAACUCCCCCUGCUUAUCAGUGCAGGGUUGCUCCUGAAGGCGUACCGCUCCGCACCUUGUCCUCCUGCAGUGUCCAGCUGGCUCUUUCGGAUGAUGUCAGUCCAUGCAGACAGAAAAACUUCCACACAGAUUCUCCAGUCAAUGAAAGACAUUUCUUUGAUAGCUGCUGAGCAGAUUGUAUUGAACCAGAACAAGAUGUUCGAGAUUUGGACACCAGGUCUGAAGGAAGUGGCACUCACCUUCCUCAAUAUGGGGGUACCCUUCGUUACCCUCUUUCCUCUGGAAUCUCUGCAGCCCCCUUUCACAGAGGGUGAUCUUUUACAGAGCACACUGAUCUUCCCUGAGGCCAGGACUGGUGAACAGAAAUUUAAGCAGGGUGCCUUUCCAAAGCACAAUGUGGAAAAUGUCAUUAAGUACUUGGAGGUGUCCAUGGCACUGGCUUCCAGAGCAUACAGCGACAAGGAGAUACUGCUGCUGUUAACUGCUAUCUGCAAAGUAAGCCUGGAGACGCAGUUGCAGCUUAUGCCUACAGAGGAUGUGAGAGCCUUGCUGACGCACCUGGUCGACAACACACGCUUUUGGGACCAACAGCUGCCUCGAAUUUGCCUGGCGCUGGCUGACCUGACAGAAGACCACCAUAACCUUAGGCACCUUGUACAACUGCUGCCGAACAACAAACGUGGAAAGCAACUCAGGAAACAUCUUAGUGUAUCUAUCAUCUCCAAACUGUUGAAUCACAGGUGCACAUAUAAACCCACACGGGCUGAUUUCCAGCUGGCAGACUUGCAGCAGUACCUCCCACAUAUGCGGCCAUCUGCAUUGCUAAGAGGCCUGCUAGCUGUGAAGAAAGAGGACAAAGAAGACGAUGAUACCAUUUCUCAGGACCAGCAGGUUUACUACCUUUGCUAUAGUCUUUUGAUUUUACUUAAUGAAGCUUCAAAUUUUGAGUCGUUUCCCUCAAGCCAAAAGAACCACCUAAUGACGCUCUGCGCUGAGCUGGAAAAGCAUAUCAAAUGUGAUAUCAGGGAAAGUGAAAAGCAUUUAUACAGGAGCAAGGUGAAAGACUUGGUGGCUCGGAUCUACACAAGAUGGCAAUUUCUCCUACAGAAGUCUAGGCCCCUGCAGGGCAAGCUGUAUGACUAUUGGCAGCCCCCUUUAGAAGAUGUAGAGUCUACCAGUCAGCACUGCCAGUCAGCUGGAGGGGAGGAGGGGCCAUUGGAGGAUGGAGAAAUCACCAGCAGGACAACAAGGUGUGAAGGCACUAACAAGGAUGUUGCUGUUUUGUCAGAGAUAAAUUAAGGUUGAGACCAGCUCUUACUUCAUUACAAUAUUUCUGGACAGAAAAUGUCUUUUUUUAUAUUUAAAUUUGCCAGUUUUGUUUGCAUUUGCAUGUAAUAUUUUGUUUUUAUAUUCAUAAAGCUCAGGGGCUAGCCAGUUGAUGCCUUAAAAACUGUCAAAUUAGUCUUUUUAUGCCCAUGUACCUGUGUAGAAAAGGCAAAAAAAAAAAAAAAUCUACUUCCCCUGCUGUAGGGAAGUAUUAACUUGCUACUUGGCUGUAACUGACUUCAUUGAAUUAAUGAAUCCCUAGCAUUAAUGCCCAUAAUACGAUUGAUAGAUUAUUCAGUUUCUUUAUCUUCCAGUAUGAAAAAUUUCUGUUUUUGGGUAUUUCUAGUAUCUUUGUUCAGUAUGUAUAUUUGUUCUCUGUCAGGUAAGAUUCUUUGUCUUUAUUUUCUGUUGUAUUCUGAUUCUCAGGUUUUUCCAUUUAAAUGUUUUUAAUUCUUGUACAAAUAUAAAUAGUGCUACAAAAGAAACAUGAAUCUCUCAUUAAUUUGAUUAUGGCCAGACACCACUGGGCAAUUAAGGGCAAAGGGAAGAAAAAGCUGUUCAGUUCUUCCUUGUUGUUAGUGCAUUGGUUUAAAUGCAUUUUUCAAGCCUGUCAUAACAAAUACUUUAUUUUAAUAGUGUAAAAUUUGUUAUAUAACUAAUCAGAAACAGAUACCGUAAGGACUAGUUUAACACCAUCUGGAAUUUUGGUCUGUUCCCCCACAUAGCCCUCUUUCAUCUGCUUGGGACUGGCAACUGGCAAAAAAGUUAUGUUUUCAUCAACGCCCUUAACUGUUAGUUGUCAUAACAAGGUUUUACACAGUGGACAGAUCUGAACCUUGAAGUAUGAUUUGAAAGGAUGGAGGAAUAGAGUUAGAAACCAAGAUAACAAUACAGAAAACAGGAAUACUGCCAAAGACUCAAAUUAAGAAUAUAAUACAGGAUUCGAAACUGCACAUUUUCAACAGGAACAUCAAAUUCAAAUUCCUUUGUGGUCCAGAGACCUGUAGACCAAAACCAUCAAGUUACAAACUGCAGUCAUUGAUUAACAAACAUCCAUGAAAAUUAUAGGAAUCGUUACCCCUAAUUCAUAACAGAGAGCUGCUGGUUGUUUCAAGCUUAUUGUUUAUAGACUGCACAAUUUACAAGCACAUUAUGAAAGUCUUCAGAUUGUAAGAGAUAAUAUUUGUAAAGUGGAUCAGAUCACUUAAAUCUAUCUAAAUUUAUCAGAUCACUUCUGUUUUUACCAGCUCACUGCCAAUUAUGAAACGGUGCAGAAAAGAAAGCUGUAGUAAAAUAAUUCAAUUAGUAUAUUAUUGUCAGAAAGGGCUACGGUCCAAGCUCUGUCUUUGUAGGGCUUGCCUGGUUUUCAUCCAGGUUCUUCCUACACCUACAGAGAUACUGUUUAAGUAAACAGAUACAUUUUAAAUGCCCUUGUUGUUUGAAUGUGUACAUAAGUGUCCUGUGACAGAAUGCAGUGUGGUCCAUGGUUUUUUUUUCUUUUUUUUUUCUUCCAUUUACAUCUUGCCAGAAGUUGUGGAUUCCCUUAACAUGAUGAUUACUGAAUGGUUAAUAAAAUGAAUGAAUGAUACAACUGUUUCUAAUGUGCUUAUGCUUUUUUUGUUUGGAUAUAUCUUACAAUAAUUGUAUCACUUAAAAUUUACAACACAGUAAAAUAAAAGGUAUAAUUGUUUAUUCAAACAACUUUCAAUA